GGUCAGCGGAGCGGGUGCGGCGGGCAGAGCCGGCAGCCCGGGGUACUCUGGGCCCGCCGGGAGCUGCUGCUCGGCCCUGGGGUGGGGCGUCGAGGCACCAAGACCCCCCGCGGGGAGGGGCAGUAGGAGCGAGAGUCAGGACGUGCCGGGGCCUACCCAGUUUUCCGGGGGACGCUGGGAGGGGGAGCGGGAGCCAGUCAGGGUCUGAGGGAAGGGACCCCCACCCCAAGCACUUUGGAGGCCGAGGAGGAGGGGGUGAUCGGGGAGAGUCUGGGGGAGGGGCCGAGUCUCAGCUUGGCAGGGAGGAUGGGGGGUGGCCUAGGGCCCGAGAGCUGUGUUGAGGGGAGCAAUCCAUGCUGGCUGAAGCCGAGCUCAAGACCUUCCGUCUGGACGGCUCGUUUUCUAUGGCUCGCUUGGGGGGCUACCCUUUCUAGCUACAGCGCCCCCCCUGUAAGCUCCUUGACCGCCUCCUCCAGUCUAUAUUUGGGUGAUUAAUUACAUGUUUUUUCCUACCCCCCCAUUCGCCUGCCAUCCAAAGCCAACGGUCUCUUUUCAGCACCCCCCACUCCUGGCCUUCAUCCCAGAGGUCCCACCCUGUUCCAACUGAAGCCCUCCAGCCCGCCUUGGCCCGGCCUAGCCACGGUUCCCCCCCUCCCCCCAGUCUGGUGAGGCUAUACCUGCGGAACGAACAACUGGGAAUUGUUCUGUGACACUAUGAGUCAUCCCUGUGUGUCUCUCUUGGCGCCGCCUGCUCCCCAAGGUCUUGCCCUUCCCCAGGAUGGAGCCCCGGGAGAACAGGUCCUGGCAGUCCCUCUUGAGAUGCUGGAGGCCCAGGGUUCCGUUCCAUUUGAUGGUGUGGAACAAUACCUCACAGAAGGGGAGUGGUUGAGGCUGGACCGUGAGCAGAGGACGCUGGAAUACUUUGGGAACGUGACCUCCGUGGGAGUUCCUGGUUUGAAUCCUGCCUUAGUCCCUCGCCAGGUGCAAGGACAAGUACUGUUGGUCUCAGACCCAUCUCUCAUCGCGGGUCAAGCUAAGCAUUCCGAAAACAUCUCUGUGACUCAACACGAGACAGUGGGUGAGAACGCCCAGCCCCACGAGAUGGCGUCCACCAGCUCACCCAGGGCCGGUGACCCUAGCCCUGAGGUCAGACAGAAUAGGGACACAGAGGGGAGGUUAGGGAGCCCCCAGAAUCUGCCUCUAGAGCAUCAUUUUGCAUGUAAAGAGUGUGGGGACAGCUUUCGGCUGAAAGUCCUCCUUGUCCAGCACCAAAGAAUCCACAGUGAGGAGACGGUCUGGGAGUGCCGAGAGUGCGGGAAGGUCUUUCGGGGCAUCACCGAGUUCAAGGAGCACAGGAAGAGCCACGUGGCUGCGGAGCCUCGGCCUGGCCCCAGCCAGGCCCUUGAAGAUGCUGUGGAGAAGAGGGAGCAGAUGGAGAAGGAGGCAAAGCCCUUUGAAUGCGAGGAAUGUGGGAAGCGGUUUAAGAAAAACGCAGGCCUCAGUCAGCACCUGAGGGUGCACAGCCGAGAGAGGCCCUUCGAUUGUGAGGAAUGCGGGCGCUCCUUCAAGGUGAACACCCAGCUGUCCCAGCACCAGAAGCUUCACGCCUCCGAGAAGCCGUUCGCCUGCGAGGCGUGCAGCGUGAAUUUCCUGGACCGCCAGGAGUUCCUCAAGCACCAGCGCACGCACACAGGCCACCUGCCCUUCGACUGCGACGACUGCGGCAAGUCCUUCCGUGGGGUCAGUGGCCUGGCCGAGCACCAGCGCAUCCACAGCGGGGCCAAGCCCUACGGGUGCCCGCACUGUGGCAAGCUCUUCCGCCGCAGCUCUGAGCUCACCAAGCACCGGCGCAUCCACACCGGCGAGAAGCCCUACGAGUGUGGCCAGUGUGGCAAGGCCUUCCGGCAGAGCUCCAGCCUCCUGGAGCAUCAGCGCAUUCACACCGGCGAGCGGCCCUACGCGUGCGGCGACUGCGGCAAGGCCUUCCGGGGGCCCUCCGACCUCAUCAAGCACCGGCGGAUCCACAGCGGACUGAAGCCCUACGAGUGCGACCGGUGCGGCAAGGCCUUCCGGAGGAGCUCCGGCCUGAGCCGCCACCGCAGGAUCCACAGCGGGGCGCGGCGCUGCGAGUGCAGCGAGUGCGGCCGCGUGUUCAAGCGGCGCUCUGCCCUGCACAAGCACCAGCCCACUCACCGCCAGUAGCUGGGCUGUGAGGGGGGCCUCCGAGCGGCCAAGUCAAAGGAGAUGAACGGUUUUGUAGCGCUUCUAUAUUUUCUUGUCAGAAAGGUUGAAACCAGUUUCUACUGCCACCAGCAAUUUCUAAGUGUCCGUGUUUCCUAUGACGCCCAUCAAAAGUAGCUUUGACCAUUUUAAGUUAUUUUGGCUAGUUUCACUGGCACAAAGGGCCUUCCAGGUGUUGAGACGUGCACACCUCGAAUCCGAGAGGGUCACGGGUUGUGGCGGGGCCAGAGGUCAUCUGCUCCGAGCGGAAGGCGACUCCGAUCGAAUGUGAUCCCCUUUGUUUCCCAAAGAGAAGAUCACCCUGCCUUUUUGUGGCCUACUUGAAUUUAUAAAUUGUGAGGGAUGUAAAUACAAAGGUCAAAUAUCUUAUACUAUUUAAUUUAUUAAUUUAGUUAUACAUACAUAUUGUAAGUCACAUAUGAUAUAAAAUAAUAUAUUAAUUUAGAAACCUGCCCUUUUUGCCCACUCUCCGUUUUGUGAAAUAAUUUUAUUCUAACACCUCCUGUCCAGUUUUGGCCUCGCUAUCUUCACCUGGGCGCCACUUUUGCAUCAUCUGAUAUUUCCAAAGUACAUCAGGUCCCCCUCCAGCUGACUGACUGACUGACCAACAGCUCAGAUGGAGGCGAUAGCCAGCCUGCCUGAUGGCGCUCUGGAAAUUUUCUCUCAAGCCGUCGGUACAUGUUCACUUGGCAUUCGGACCGUUGGUUGGUUGUGUUGUUUUGUUUUUUCACUUCUGUAGCUCUACAACAUAAGCACCGAAGGUGUUGCUUUGUAAUGUGACCUUUAAAAGGCUUGUCACUGUGAGGUCAUAGUCCUAAUUUCUUCUGCGUCUUUAUUAACCGGUUCAGUCUGGUGACCCCUAUAAAAAAAAAUACAUAUCCCAAACCAGCAUUUCAUUAGGGUGGUUUCGGGUUAAUGGGUCUCCCGCAGCACUUUCUGGUUCAAAAUAAAGUAGUUGAGAGAGGGGCUUCUCAAGGACUCGAGUGUAAGGUGGCUCCUCCUUCCCGAGAGAAUUAGGGGAACCAGAGCCUCUCGUUGGUCUGUCGGGCUUCGAUGGUGCUUUCUCCACUCUCCGUUUCCUGCUCUGUCACACGGAGGGGUCACAGUACCUACCCCAGAGUGGUCAUAAGGGCGGCCGGCAGCUGGUGCCACAGAGCGCUGGUCUCGUACAAGCACCUGGCAGGGAGGUAGCGCUCAGUGCAGGUCACCCACUGUCAUUAGCUCCAGAACCUGACGCCUUAUCUCAUUUUCUUCUAACCCUGACCUCUCCUGUGAGGACUGAAGGACCUUUUCUGUUGUCUCGCAUGCAAGUUGUACGUUCAUCUCCUUUGACUAGUUAUCAAGUUACCUUUGGAUAUAUUGACUUUAUAGAGCAGUUCUUUAUACAUCAAUUAUGGUGAUUCUUUUUUUUUUUCACUUCUAUUGCUUUGCCCUUUGUAACAGUUUGAUUACAGUUUUGUUGUGUGAGCUUUUUAAUUUCAGUGUAUUUGAACAUUCAUCUUUGUCGCUUAAAUUGUAAGUUUAAUUGCUUCAUCACUGCAGUAGUUAGAUAUGACGUUUUCCUCUGGAAUUUUAAUUACAAACUCAAGGUUGAAAGUGCUGCCCUCCCCCCACCAAGGGGAAGCAGCCAAAUUGGGAGGCAGGCUACGCGGUGGGGUGGGCUGGGGGAAUGGGCUGGAGAAGCAGGCUCGUUCCUCAUCCGACACAUAGACUCAGUAUACGUUGCGGGCGGUCUUUGACUGUCCAACCUGACCACUCAGGCACUAGAGAUACUUCCACCGUGGAUUGGCCAGAACAUUCUAUGGCCUUUCAUCAGUCUAGUGCUGGCAGCCAACACCAGGGCCUAACCUCACCUAGGUCAGCGGGGUGGUCAACGCCUAGUCUUGGCAGCGGCCCAGCCGUCCCGCCAGCUACUGGGAGCAUUGGCGGUGCCUGGCAUAGAUUGAGUGACUGAUCCAGCCAGGGACCACCCAAGAGACCUGCAGACACAAGAAGAUGCACCUGACUGACGUGGCCAUGUGCACCGUCCCGUUCUAACGAGUGACUUGAAAAUUUAGAGGUCGGUUUGGUGGCUUUUGCAUUGGGCACCUAGGGGGCAGCUUGCCCACAUGUCUGGGUGUCACUUCCUGGAGAGGAGCCAUGCCCUUGUGGUGGUCUGCAUGUCAUAGUGAUGGAAGCUGACCUCAUCAGGCCUGGGCUGUCACUUCCAGCAGCCAUACCUAGAAGGGUGGUAAAGCAAGGGUUUGGAGGGAAGUCACACCCUUCUGGAGGCCCAUGUGGCCUAGGAGCUAUAGCUGUCACUGCCAGCGGCCUCGGCCAUGGUGAAUAGCUGCAAGGGCUGGGCAAGGAAGCUCACCCCUUCGGUGGCAGGCACAGCCCACAGCAAGAGGCUGACGUGACUUCCAGCAGCUGAGCCCAGGAGGGCCACUCACGGGCCUGUGGAGGAACUGGACCUUCUCGGGGGCCCGCAAAGGCUUGGGGCGGAACUUUCCAGCAGGCACAUCUUAGGAGGGCUUCUUGGGCCCCUACCCUGGGAAGCAAGGGCUGGCAAUGACCGCUGCGACCUUGGCCAGAAGAUUCUUUCGAAAGGCCACCAGGCCAGGAUAGUGCUGGAGAGAAGGCACCGGCACUUAACUACAUAGUAAUUCCUUUUGCUCUGGAUCCUAGUUUUUACAGUCAUUUUGAAUCUCUAUCUGAAAUCACUCCUUUUCUCAAUCCGUUUUUUCUCUUCAAGCUAUCGUUGCGUGUUUUGUACAACUGUCAUGGUGAGGAAUGUCACCAUCCCAGUGGGGGCAAGUUUGGCACCGUGAGCUGUUAAUUUGCCGGUUUGAUGAAGGAUCCUAUUGAAGUCUAGGUACAGGAUUAACUUGGACCAUAGCAUCGUCUUCGCUCUGUUGUGCACGCUCCCCAGCCAGGGCGGAGCGUCUCCAUCCCCCUUCCUGGCCUCUUGUACUGUCCUCCGUUUGGGUUCUGCAGUUUUCUCUAAGCCUCUCUUAAGAGGUAACACUAAGAGCACGUCUGUUCCAUCAGCAUUGACGGAAUGGCUUUCCGUGGUGGUUGCUACCCAAACGCCAUCAGCCUGUGGCUUUCACUUGCGUCUUGCAGUUUUGCAGGAUUCGUUUUUGUUCCUGGUGAUCGGGGUGGGGGACGGAUUUCUUAAGAUUCUCUGGGCGAACGGCAAUGUCAGGUGCACAGCGUGACCCAGCUUUCUUUUGUGUGUACUUGCCUGUGCAUUUGUCUUCGUGUGUGCUUGCCUAUGCAUUUGUCUAUCUACCUCAUUGCUUUUUCCGCCUGAUCACAUGUGCUCCUCUAGCCAGGGCAGUGAAGAGGCUCAGCUUACAGAGAAUGCUGGCUCCUGGCAGAAAUCCAUCCUUUCGUUUGUCAUAUUCAGAAAGAAACCCUCAGUUGAUUUUAUUAGAAUUUUGAAUAUUUGCUGAAGUUUUAAAAAGAAAGUAAUUGUUUACCAUUUUUGCUGCUUAUUGAAAUUAACAAUGUUGAUUAGUUGUGUUACACCUGUUCUUGUAUUUCUGGAAUAAUCCCCGCCCGACCACAGCGGGCAUGUCUCUCCCGUGGUACUGCAUUCCGCUGGUUUUUGUACUCGAGGUGGCCUAGCGCCUGCCCUGCCCGCAGCCCCGCGGCCAUGUUCUGUACCAUGGGCGCCCCGCUCCCUCUCCACUGCCUUCCAGGCCACGUUAAUUAAGCCAGAAGCAAACGCCCAACCAAGGGCAGCAGCCAGUCCUCAGACCUGGCUGGAAACCAGGGGCUAGCCUUUCAGAUCUCGUGAAGUGUGACCAAGGACACUGAGAAAGAACGUUCCCGUUGGUGUUGGAGAGAAAGAGGGAGUCAACUCAUGCGACAGCACCAGUUGAAGAUGUGCGGACUCCUGCUCAGCUGACCAGAGGCAGCUUGGCCAUUACAGUCUUGGUUUCCCUGUGUCCUUACUGUGGACCCCCAUGACUCAAGUCACCAUCAGAGAGCGUCUGCGUAUCGCACCCUGUCUAGAGCAUUUGCUGCUACUUGGGCAGAGUUGCGUGGCUGGCAUUCCUCCCAGCCUUAGUCCCACCUGACUCGUGAACACCUGUUCACUGUGAUGGCCUUCUUGUCUCAGCGAGUUGGGCCACAGAUGGUCUGAGGGUAGCAUUGCUAUUUGAAUGCAUAACGAGUCAAGGCACAGCCCACCCUACGCCCUGUUAGGGAAGUGUUUUAUGUGUUCCCAGCAAUUCCAUCUGGUGGGGAUGGCUGAGAACUCUGUUACUUGUAAUUCCCCUUGCAGCCAUAUUCCCUGGAGCAUUAGCUCUGUCACCUAGUUCGUAUUUUGUUUUGUUGGCUCACUUUUCUGGUCCCUUCCUGAUCUUGUUAACUUGUUUGUUUUAUGGCACUCACUAUGCUCAGCCUUGCACUAGAGCUGUUUGUGGGCUUGGCUUCUCCCCUCCCCACCCACUAGAUUGUGAGCUCUCAGAAGACAGGGUGGCCCUUCGUGGCCACUCCCCUUCUGAAUCUAGCGCAGUGCCUUGCAUCGAGUAGAGUUCAAUAAAUAUCUCUUAAACGA